UAAAAAAAACUUCAUUCUUUUUCCUUGUUCUCUCUCAUCGUCUCAUCUUCUCCCAUCGAAAGUUAUUCUCGCCGGCGAAUCCUUCAGAUCCUGCCUCUCCGGCCACCGCUUUCCCUUCCGUCACUCUCCGUCUCACUUCCUUCUCAGGGUUGUUCCAAUGGAGGAUACCCAAGAAGUUGAGGAGGUACAAGAAGAAGUGAUUUCAGACAAAACAUCUGAAAACAAGGAAGAAGAAACUCGCGAUGAAAUUCUUGCACGCCACAGAUAUUCCAUGAUCUUACAUAGACUUCUGAAUUUGACAAGCAUGUGGGCUACUGAAGUUCUUAAGUUCUUAUGGUUCUUAUGCAAUGCAUAUUUGUCCACAUGGACAUGUAUUUUCAGGAAAGAGAUAUCACAACUGCAGAAAAAAGAAGUUGAAAUGAAAAAGCAAGCAGCUAGAGGUAGCAAGGCUGAGCAAAAAGCUAAGAAAAGGCAAGUGGAGGAAGAGGUUUCUCAACUUUCUGCUAAGCUCAAGGAGAAGCAAGCCAAAGAACUGUCUGCAUUAGGCUAUAGCAGUGGUAUCGGAAAUGAAAAGAGCAAUAUGGACAAUUUGGUGAAGGCCAUAGCUGGAGUAUCUGUUAGUAGUCAACCUGAGAAUACAAAGGUCAGCAAGGCCAAACAGAGGCGUGACAAAAGAGCUCAACAAGAAGCAGAGAGAGAACAGAGAAUCCAAGCAGAGCAGAAUGACAAUAUAAGUGAUCGCACAGUUGAAAAUGAGAAACUCGAAAGGAAGUUGAAGCCUCUUGGUUUGACUGUAUGUGAAAUAAAGCCUGAUGGGCACUGCCUUUACAGAGCUGUUGAGAAUCAGUUGGCCCACCUCUUUGGGGGAAAAUCUCCAUAUACAUUCCAACAACUUCGAGAAAUGGCAGCUGCUUACAUGAGGAAGCAUACAUCAGAUUUCCUCCCAUUUUGUUUAUCAGAGAAUUUGAUUGAAGGUGAUUCUGAUGAAUCGAUUGCUCAAAAGUUUGAAAAUUAUUGCAAAGAAGUAGAGUCCACGGCAAUAUGGGGAGGACAACUAGAGCUUGGUGCCUUGACUCACUGCCUGAAGAAGCAUAUUAUGAUAUUUUCAGGGUCCUUCCCUGAUGUGGAGAUGGGGAAGGAGUAUAAAUCAGCUGAUGGUAUUGGAUCGUCUGGUUCCAGUAUCAUGCUUUCUUACCAUAUGCAUGCUUUUGGGCUUGGUGAGCAUUAUAAUUCUGUGGUCCCAAUCCCAAUAUGAUCAAAUGGAACAAAUAUAUCACAUGGAUGCUUAUUAUAUCCCAUGUAGCGUUUUGAUCAACAGCCAGGCGUAUGGCUGAAGGUUAAUUGAAAACUUAGUUGUGAUUUGGAUGUGCCUAUAUAGUUGUACAUUUCUUAACUGUAAUUGACAAUUUAUAAUUUAUGGAUGCUUAUCUAUCAAAUGCUCUUUUGACAUCGAUCGAUUUUGAGUGUUUUGGCAAAGCUUCAUAUAUCGAUCAGUAAACUAGAUUUGAAUAAAUUUGUAUCAAAUGCUCUUUUGACAAUGAUUGAUUUUGGCAAA